UGUUAGCAUCAUAAGAUUGCAAAUGGUUGUAUGACUAUAAAUGCUUGGUGUUGCUUUUUUGCAAAACUGCAAUUGUCCAAGCAGCGCGCGCACACACACACUCAUAUUCACACAGGCAUCCCGCGCAUGCUCGCUGGCUCGGGCUAUGAAUGUAUCAGGUGAAAUGACAGAAUUGAGAAAGAGAACACAGAAAUGUUUAGAAGAACCUACCAUUCAAGAGGAGACCGAGACAGAAGGAGCAGAUGCAGAGUCUGUUCCAAAGGAUGAGGGUGAACAAAUCUGUUCCGAUGAAAUCAUUUCCACGGAGGAAGAAAAAGAGGAGGCGCACACAGAAGAAACAACAUUGAAAGACAGAAUAGUCGGCGUAGGAAGCAAGGAUGCAAAGAGCAAAUCUGCAGUUCAUCAAUGGGUAAAGAUUUUCUUUGGCAGCUGGGCAGCAAUUGCAAGUGGAAUGUUAUAUGCUGUGUACCUUUCUACCUUUCAUGAAAGAAAAUUCUGGUUUUCCAGCAGACAGGAUCUCGAACGAGAAAUCUCCUUUCAAGAGGACAGUGGUUUAUACUACUACUAUUAUAAAAAGAUGUUGCAGGCAACAUCAAUCCAAGAAGGUCUUUUUGAAUUGACACAUGACAACAAGACAUUAUCAUUGAGGACCCUUAAUUCAGUGCAGCAAAUCAACCUGUAUCCAGAAGUCUUUGCUGGUAUAUUGUACCGUAUUACUGGUAGUCAAGAAGCAAUUGAGCCAGUGUAUUUUUACAUUGGCAUAAUAUUCGGAUUACAAGCAGUUUAUGUGACAGCACUGUAUGUCACAAGUUGGAUACUCAGUGGGACAUGGAUGGCAGGCAUGCUUACAGUAGUGUGGUAUAUUAUAAACAGGAUCGAUACAACCAGAGUGGAAUAUACCAUUCCUUUAAGAGAAAAUUGGGCAUUACCAUAUUUUGCAUUACAGGUUGGAGCACUCACAGGUUAUAUGAAGACCAAUGUUAAUUCUACUAUGGAGAUAUUUUCAUAUCUUCUGAUGUGUGCCUCUACCUUUGCCUUUAUAAUGAUGUGGGAGAUUAGUCACUAUGUACUGUUUGUACAAGCCUUCAGUGUUUUCCUGUUGGAUUGCCUGGAUCUAAUUCAAAGCCGCAAGGUGGCUGACGUGUACAGGAUGUAUUUAGUGUGCCUUGCACUGGGCUAUUUUAUACAGUUCAGAAAUUCUGCAUUGCUGGCUUCCCCAUUACUAAGCUUCAUUUGUGGUUCUCACCUUGCAAAAUACAUUCAGCAAAAUCUAAAGAAAGGUCAUUUUGUGGCAAGACUGAUGAAAUUGCUGCUUCAUUUCUAUUUGGUUUUUACAGUUUCAGUCACUUUAAAUCUUGUCAUAAAAAAAAUGGUGUCCCACGAAGAAAAUGAACAUAUAUUAAAGUUUUUUGAAGCAAAAUUUGAUUUGAAUACAACAAGAGACUUCAAUACAAACUUGCUGCUCUGUCAGGAAACCUUCCAGACCCCAUCACAGGAAUUCUUUAUCCGACUGACCCAGACCUGUCUACUCCCAUUUUGUAUGUCUGUGUUGCUUAUCUGCUUUUUCUCAACGUUGGAAGUAGUUUCCAGGAAGUUUCGUGAUAUACCUCAAAAAAGUGAUGGCUCACUAGAGAAUAUGGUGAUUGGUGAGAGGCCAGAGGUGGUUUACCACAUGUUCCAUAUGGUGCUUUUUGGUUCAUUGGCUCUGAUGUUCCAAGGCUUAAAGUAUUUAUGGACUCCUUAUGCCUGUAUGUUCACUGCCUUUGGUGUUUGCUCUCCUGAGAUGUGGAUGACUGUAUUUAAGUGGUUGCGACUAAGAACAGUGCCUCCAGUGCUGCUGGCAGUUAUGUUAAGCACUGCAGUUCCAACAAUAAUAGGGUUCAGCAUGUGGAAGGAUUUCUUUCCAGAUGUAAUGGCCGAACUCUCUGAACUUCAGGAAUUUUAUGAUUCUGAUGCUGUAGAGCUGAUGAGCUGGAUUAAACGACAAACACCAACAGCUGCUGUGUUUGCAGGAAGUAUGCAGCUUAUGGGUACUGUGAAACUCUGUACUGGUCGAACAGUGACCACUCACCCACUCUACUCAGAUAGGGACCUACGAAAACGGACAGAAGAGAUCUACCAAGUCUAUUCCAGAAGAUCUGCAGAAGAUAUUUAUAUGAUUCUGAUGUCGUACAAAGCUGAUUAUUUCAUAAUUGAAGAGGGAAUUUGUAACGACAUGGGACCUGUGAAAGGCUGCCGAGUGAAGGACUUGCUGGAUGUUGCAAAUGGCCAUAUACUUUAUAAUGAAGGAGAGACUGACACAAACUAUGCAUUUUCUCUGUACGGGCGAUUUUGCCAUGAAAUUAAGCUGGACUAUUCCCCAUAUAUCAACUAUUUCACUCGUGUUUAUUGGAAUAGAUCAUAUCGUGUAUACAGAGUCAACACACUGAUAUCAUUUCAGUACUAGUGAUGUUCAAAGCCUUUCCAAUUACUGUCUUUGUUAAUGUUGUGUAUAUUUAAUGCUUAUGUUAAGUAAUGUCCCAUUUUACAGACAGCCUUUUAAAUGGAACUUUUAAAAGCAUAUAAAUACAUUUGGUUUUUUUUUAACUUAUUUUUACAAAUUAUUCUGAAAUGAGAAGAGGGCGAAGCUUUUGUUUUGUAUUCAGCCAUGGGUGUUGUUCAGAAUGGAGGUCUAAAACAAAAACUUGCAGCAGGAUGAAAUAAGUUCAUCCAUAUCAGUUAAUUUGCUGCAGAAAGUUACUGUAUUUACUUGUUUGUAAAAGGAACUGACCACCCUGAGGUUCACAUUGUCUUAUAAAGCUCUGCACUCUAGAUGGAGCUUAAGCACACUCAGACAUAAUGUACAUUUAUUAUACAUGCUUUGUUCAGAUGUCAGUUUAAAUAUUUCUGUGAAAGUAUUACUGUUGGUACUUUACUUCACUAUUUUUGGUUACAGGCACACAAAGAAGCAGGACCUUAAUGUUAAGUCUUUGAGGCCUUACUGAAAAUUGGUAGAAGUUAUGUUAGUUUUUCUUAAAUUACCCGCUUGGUAAGUGGAAACGGGAACAUCCUUCAGUAGAAUCUGGUUUAACAUUCAUGCAGUGCACAUGUACAGUAAACAACUUUUUUCUUUGUAAAAUAUGAAUGGUUUUCAUGUCAUUGAAUUGUUAGCAGGUGCACAGUUAAACCUUUUAGUUUUAAGUUGUAAGUAAACCUUGGUUUCUAAAUAGUGAUAAACAGAGUUGAAGAUUGAUCCUCUAUUCCCUUUAUUUUGGAAAAGUAUGUUUUGAGCCCACAUGCCUGGGGUCAUGAGCCACGCUCCAGGUGAGGAAGGAAACCGAGAAGAAUUGAAAGAAGGCAUCUGCACUUCAAGAUUACUCAAAUACUGCUAGUGUGAUAUAUUUUUAUUUAUGGUCUAACAUAUGACUCAAUUUAUUAGACCCAUUUUGGGAAGAUUACCAUUGAAGUUACAAAAUUGGGAAAGAAGUGACUUGCCUCAGCCAUUCCAGUGAUAUAAAGAUGGAACGUGUCAAAAACUCACUUUUAAAAAAAAUAUAAUAAUUUGUAAGUGAAAAGUGGUAUUGCUGUAGGUUAGACAUUAAUCUCGAGGAUAUGUGCUGAAAUCCAGUCCAGGUUGAAGAGGUAAAUAUCUCUGUAUUCUGUUGUAAAUGGGUUUGAACAGUUUCAAACCAGUUCCACACAGGCAUGGUAUGCAACACAAAACCAGUUUGAUCAGCAGCCUUACUCAGAAAUUUGCAGGAUACUUUAGUGUUGGAACACAUUUAGGGCUGGGAUUAGAAGGGUUAGGAAAAGAAAUCUUUGUUAACCAUUUGUUUGAUUGUAACAAACAUGCUUUUAUUUCAACUGCCAAAGAACUUAGCAAAGAGCACUAUUGUAUACGGUAGUUUUAUAGUUAAUUCAUGGUAAGAAGUUAAAAAGGGGAUUUGGCUGAUUAUGGCGAGUUGGUUAACCAUAAUGCAUUAAAUAAAUAGCAAGGUGUAUGCAACAGUAUCUGGGGUAGGAAUAGAUGAUUCAUCCUCUCCACCAUGUUCCACAGUUCAAAUAGAUCUUGGUUCUUUUGUAACCCAAUUAAAGGUAUCCAUUUUGGUGCACCUGUUGUGACUUCUUUAUUUAAUAAAAUAUCUUGAAAAUUUCA